UGUUCCUAAUCUCUGCCGAUCACAAACUAGGUUGGGUCAGAGGUUGGGUCUGGUAUAGACCUCGAUGGGUUGGAAUCUGCAUAUGGCAUUCGAUAUAAAACCUAUUGUCGCAUACUAUUUAUACUUUAAUUGUUUUUAUUGAAUAUUGAAUAUAAGGAGUAUAUUCUCGAUUUAUACGUAGAUGAAUCAAUCAAAACAAGAAUUUCCAGUUGAUUACAGUCAGUUCUACAAAAAAUAUUUAAUUCUAUGAUACUGUUUUUGGUUACAUAUUUUGAUGGUGGACAUUAGCAAAUGAUUCUCCAUGAAGAUUUAAUACAUCAAUACAAAAAUUAAAUUAUUCUUUCAAAACAUACUUAUUUUUCUUAUUAAUUUCAUUAAAAUGUUGCAAAUAGAAAACAUUGAAACUAGCAAUGGCCUGAUUUUGGAAACAAGUUAUAUCCCUGAAGAGCUUUUAAUUGAAAUUCUUUUAUACGUUGACUGUAGACAAUUAGUUUUAUGUCAUUUAGUUUGCAAACAAUGGAAUAAAAUAAUAAAAGAAAGUGUUUGGCGCAAAAAAGCAGAAAUAAAUUAUGGUAGAUUACUUUUUAUUAAUCAAAAAUUACCUUGGAGUGCAUAUUUCUUUAUUAGCAAUAAGAAACUGUUUCAAAGAAAUCUAUUAGAAUCCACUAAUAAUAAAGUUUCUUAUGCUAAAGAUGAAUUUGAAUCUAUACAUAUAAAUGUUAAAGAUAAUAGCCAUCCAAUAAAUGUUUUACCUUUUCCUGAGGAUCCACUAUUCAAAAAGAACAUAAAUUGUAUAAAAGUUGUCCAUGAUGAUAUUAUAAGUGCAAGAAGAAAAUUUUCUAUCGAUUUAAUUCAAGAAGGUUUUACUAAUUACAUAUUAGACAUUUUAGAACCUAUUAUUGAGGUAUCUGAAUGGUAUUAUACUACACAGGAACAUGAAGAGGCUGAGUUUGAAUGUUCAAUCAAACUGCUUAAUAGUAGUAAUGUAUAUGAUGGUAAUAAUAGAGUUAUGAGAGUAUAUCAUUUUCACAAAAGAAUGAAUAAGGCUGACUUGCGAGGAAAAUGGUUUAAAUUCACCCAUGUUUUCAAAAAUUAUGGACCUGGAAUAAGACGGAUAAAAUUUUAUGAUGGAGGACAUCACAACAUUAUUAUGACUGGAGCUUCUGUGAUGAUGACUGUACCUUCAAAGAAAAAUGUUUCAGGAUUAUUAGGUCUUUCUCUACUAUGAUAUGCUCUGGAACCAAGCGCUUGGUACACAUUUUCUCAAGAGAAUAAUACUUUUAUGAUAUGGUCUUGCACUGGAUCUAGAAAUGCUUAUGAUCAAGUCUGUAAACGUACUUGAUAUACUUGGUCGAAAUUCCAUUGCAGCUAUAUCAAAAGAUAUUUGUAGAUUACAUCACUUUGAAAUGUAUAAAUGUUUGGCUGUUCGACGAAAGCUAUCAGGCGUGAUUCACUUCGAUAGAUGACACAUUCCAGACUAUGACGAUCAGCUUUUCAGGGGUGGGUUUCAGAUUUUCUUGAAACUUGGUCUAUAUGGUAGUGUAUUUAAGUAUGGAUUAUUAGAUUAUUAUAAUAAUUAUAUCAAAAGUUAUAAAUAAUUUCACGAACAAUUUUCAAAAAUGUAUAUCUCU